UUCUCCUCCUCUUUUAUUCACACACAGCGUUUCUUAUCAACUCCACCAUACAACAUAACCAAAGAAAUGUCGUUUUUAUCAUUUUUUAAGAAAAGCAAAAACUAUGGCACCGCUAAUAGUAAUGCCGUUGAAGACAGGAGUAGCGACAGUAGCGACAUCAUCAAUGACGACGAGCCUGCCUCUAUGCGUCUUGUUCCUGGUGCCAAAAUUCCGAACCCAGGCAAGUAUCUGUAUCGUCGACUUGUCGGCCUAGUAAUCAGUCUGGUGAUUCAAUUUAUACGAAAGCGCAGGGUUGAUGUUCUUGGCUGCAUCAUUGCGCUUCCAUUCAUUUUAUCUGGUAUUAUCUCUAUCGUCAAUGGCGAUGCCCGUGCAGCACUGAUUCGUGAUAGCGCUGUAGGAGCUGUUAUUGGCGGCAUGUUUUCUGUCACACUCAUUCCUCUACGCACGAAAUGGCUGGAUAUUCGACCACUUACUUUCAUUAUUGCCGACCAAAUGUUUUCCAGUGUAAAAUACCGCUGGACCGAUCGUGAUGGAAACCCACAAGAACAUAGUAUCGUCUAUCGGCAAUGGGAAAUCAUUCGUUUUUUCCGCCUAAGCAUGUACGGGCAGUCGGCUGCAUGGGGUUUCUGUCUUAUCAUGGAGCUGGUGGCAUGCGUACUGAUGGUGGAAGUAAGCGACCUGUCUACUGAUGAUAUUGUAAAGUACAACAAUAUUAUCGAUGGUGUUGUUAUCGGUUGCUAUGUUAUUGGAAGCAUUUAUAUAAGUCACGUGGGACGCAAAAUUGUGAUGCGGGUCGGAAAGAAAUGGACCGAGGAAAACGACUUUACAGACAAGUUUGAGCGACAGAAACAUGAACAGCAAGAACAGCAAGAAGAUCAGGUCCGGAACAACGAUGUACAAAAUCAACAUUAUGUCACUGCUGCUACCGAUGAGGAGUAUCGUGUAGCAGAAAAAGUCUAG